AUGAUAGGUCUUGCUCCAAUUUGCUUUCUGCAACAUUUAAAACCGUCUGUGGCGUCCGUGAUUGCUGCAACACCAGUUAUCGACAAAGUGUUACAAGGUUUUAAAAAGGAAGAAUUGUACAGUGAUUACUCUUUAUUAAGACAAUUAUUUCAAGUGUUGUGUACUCAAAAAGAAAUAGGAUAUCAAAUAUGUGGUCAUGGCUUUUUGUUUGCACUCGGUGGGAGUGAUACAGAAGAAUUAGAACCUGAAUUUCUACCUGUGCUUGUUGCCCACUAUCCCACCAGCACGUCCAGAAAGAAUGGAGUUCAUAUCAGCCAAGUAGCAUUGACUGAAAAAUUCGCCCAAUUCGAUUACGGUCCGCUGAAAAAUAUAGCUAUUUACAAUGAUAUUUCUCCACCAAAUUAUGAUUUAAGACUGGUGAAAAUGAAAAUAGCUUUGCUUGUAGGCAGGAAUGAUGGCGUAUCGUCAAUAGAGGAUACGGAACUGUUACGAGACAAACUGCCCAACGUUGUCGACUACCAUGUAUUGCCAUAUAAGAAGCUCAAUCACCUGGAUUUUGUAUGGGGUCGGAAUAUGGACAAAUAUUUAUUUCCGCAUAUAUUGUCGAUAUUGGACACGUACAAAUGA